GUGCGCUGGUUCAUCCUACACGAGUUCAUGCGUCGGUGGUCCCUCCCCCGCAUAUUCUACAUGGACUGUGACGUGCUGCUCUUUGCCAAUAUUACUCAGUUCGUGCACUCGCACCUACCCAACGCCCAGCUUGCUCUAGCUGGCCGCACCCCCACCAUCCAUGUGAGGGCAGUGAGUGCGCACGUCUCCCUCUGGUCGCAAGAAGCACUGGGAGAUUUCCUCACCUUCUUCCGCCUCUUCUUUCAGCUUGGUGUGGUGGGGGGCACACUCGGGGAUCGAUCCCUACCAGCCCAGCGCACAUACAACGACAUGGUGGUGCUGGGGUGGUACGCCGCUCCUGUGUGCUGGACCAACACUCCCAAGGACACCAUUCCGAAAGACGUGAGUGCGUUGGCAGCAAGCGAAUGGAGAGGGUAG